AUGAAUCCUGGAGCUGGAGCUGGAGCAUUAGACCAACCCGAUGGCGGCGACGCUGAUGAUGCCGACCAUCAGUUACCGGAGGGUCAGCCUCGUCCCUUGCCAUAUGCAUUUGAGAAGGAACUAAUUGAGAAGUCGAAUAAGCAUAUACGCCUACAUCGCAAUUUUGUGCCAGUCAGCCAAGUUUAUCCAUUAACACGAAAAUUCUAUGCCCAUUACGAGGAGCGUAAGUUGCCAGAGCCAUUGCGAUACGUUCAGUUUACCCCAACGGAAGUUCAGAUCAAGCGUCAGCAGAAGUUAAGUACGUCAGUUCCACUGCUGGAGUCCCAAGUCUAUGGCUGGGUACCUCUGUUGGCCCAGGAUAGAUCCAUACAAUUAAAUUUUAUACAUGCUCCAAAAUUACGCUGUUGCAUGACGAUACAUGGGGAGCAUCUUAUGGCAGAGAGGAUGACAGAACGACCACCAUUUAAUGGACUACGCUUUUUGCUUCAUUAAGUUAUACAGUGUUUUGAAAUUCGCGCCAUGUAAUGCAAUCGGGUAAAAUACUUCAAUUCUGACAGCUUGAUUUAAUUGUUUUAAUUCAAUUUAAUUGUACACAUGUUAUUUGUCAAGGAAUUUUGUAUAUUUUUCGACUAAAAUUAUUUGAUUAAAUGUGCAAAAACCUUACAAUUAAUAGUUCUUGAAUUAUAAUGGUGGAAAUUUAACGUUUCUUUUAUACAAGAUUCGUUUAUCCUAAGUGGCUACUGUCCCGAAAGUCUUAAUUAAUUGUUAAAUGUUUUGAAAGACGUAAAACAAAAGUGCAAAU